CUUUUUGCUAGGUGAUCAUGAAUCCACCCAAAAACGUUCAAGGGAGGUGGUGUAACCUCACUUUGUGAACAGGGAAACUGGCUUGUAAGAAGGUAUUCGCACCCAGGGCUGUCCUCUAAUGAAGCUUUAGCCGGGAUGACGUUCCCCUUCCAGGCAGAAAACUUCCUACAGAUAGUGGAGACCUGCAGCCAAUCCCUGGGCUUCCAGCUGGGGGAGCACCAGGGAAACCAAGAGUUCCCCAGUGAGCAGCCCAACCGGGACCCCCAGUGCCCAGAGGCCAAGACCCCACAGCCCUCCGGUCUCCAGGGGCCAGACUUCGAAGACAUCAUGGCCACAAGGUCAUCCGACUGGCUCCAGCAGACCCCCGGAGUGGACACAGUCCACCAGCUAGACACGUGGCCAUCCUGGGACUCGGAGCCCCGGUUUUGGCAGGAUGUUCUGACAGAGCAGCUCUGGCAGAUUUUUACUGGGACCCAGGAGCGCCCAAGACGCAGGACGACAGAGCAGGCGCCACGCCAAGUAAGUAACUGGAAUCCUCGGUACCUGGAAGGGUGGGCUUUGCCCUGGCUGGGCCCCCUGGCUUUGACCUCUAGAUGCCUGUGGGAUUGGCAUGCCUCCCCCACCCUCAGCCCUUGGAUACCCUCAGAGGACCUGAGCCUGUCUGCAGCUCUGCCUGGAUGGGAGGAUGGGACUUCAGGCAGUUGGAGCAUCCUGUCCACACUGCCUGGGCCCGCCUGCCAUGUUCCAGUUCUCAGACCAACCCUGGUCAGGUCCUUUGGUCUGAACUUUCUCAGCCCAGCUACGCCCUCCCCCAGCUCCUCUGAGGGCUCCCGAAAGGGAAGCACAGGACUGGGCACUGUAGGAGAGGGGGUGUUCUCCCACAUGGCCCAGGAGCUUCCUGUAAAAGCCUAUCAAUUUCUGAAGCCCAUAACGAAGCCCCUCUGGGGCUUGAUAGGUGCCCUGCUCCAGGCAGAGAGGCUCACAGGCGGGCUGGUGACCCUGAGGCCUCCUCUCCCAAGAUGCUGGGACCCUGAGGACUUUGAAAACACGUGGAAUAGGCCUGAUGCUUUGCCCUGGCAGUCCAAGAAGCUGGCCGUGCCACACAGAGUGGAGAAGAUACGGAGGCUAGAACAUGGGGAGCCUGUGCUGGCCACGGCCGUCAGCAGCUUCACGCGGCACGCCUUCACCUGUGGCAGGGGCGGCGUCAAGGUGUGGAGCCUGGUCGGCCAGGUGGUGGAGGCCAGGUUUCCGGAGAGCUACCUGCGUGUACAGACCCAGGGGGCCUACCUGCGCACCUGCUUGCUGUUCUCAAACAGCACGGCCCUGCUGACGGGCGGCCACAACCUGACCAGCGUGAGCCUGUGGGACCUGACGGCACCUUCCCUGUACGUGAGAGCAGAGCUGCCCUGUGCAGGCCUCACCUGCCAGGCCCUGGCCGCCAGCCCUGAGGACAACCUGGCCUUUGCCGGUUUCACCGAUGGCAGCGUCAGGAUCUGGGACCUGCGGAACCAGAGUGUGGUCAGGGACCUGCCGGGUCACCUGAACGGUGCCAAGAGCAUCGCUGUCAAAGACCAGCACAUCUGGACAGGGGGUCUGGACGCCUGCCUGCGGUGCUGGGACCUGAGGACCACUGGGGAGCCCCAGGAAUACCAGUUUGAGUCUCAGAUAAUGAGCCUGUCCCCCAGCCCCUGGGAGGACUGGGUGCUGGUGGGCACAGCCAAUGGCCAGCAGUGGCUGCAGCCCAGCCUUGGGGGCCAGAAGCACAUGGUGGGGUGUAAGGACGGCACCAUCCUCGGUCUCAAGUUCUCCCCGCUGGGCCAGUGGUGGGUGAGCGUGGGGACGGACAACCUGGUCAGCGUCUUCAGCAUGCCCAUGGGGACCACAGUGGUCCAGGUACCCGAGACAUCCUCCAUCAUGUGCUGCGACGUGUCCCCCAGCAACCACCUGAUCGUCACGGGGUCCAGGGACCACGCCUCCGUGUACCAGAUCACAUACUGAGGGCUCGCCAGGGUGGGUGGGGUGAGCACAACUGGACCUAUGAUCUUUGUCACGUGUAAUAAAGCAUUUGGAAA